AUGAUUUCGUCAUCGAAACCUCCGUUAUCUCUCCUCGUCUUCGCCCUUCUCAUCGCCGUUUUCUGUUUGUCCACAUCCGUGUUGGCAGAGUCGAGCAACAACCCGCUCCGAUUGCCGUCGGAUCAGGACGACGGUGACGUCUGCGCCAUGCUGGAUCCCCCGGCUUCCUGCCCAAUCAAGUGUUUCCGGCCCGACCCGGUUUGCGGCGUCGAUGGCGUGACCUACUGGUGCGGUUGUGCCGAUGCGCAUUGCAACGGCGUGAAGGUGGACAAGUUAGGGUUUUGCGAUGUGGGGAAUGGUGGAUCGGGUCCGGUGUCGGGUCAAGCUCUGUUGCUGGUUCACAUUAUUUGGCUCAUUUUACUUGGGAUUUUCGUGCUAUUUGGGUACCUUUGA